AUGCCGUCCAAAUCACCAGCUCAGACGCUGCUAGAGAAGGCGGAUAAGAAAGCCAACUCUUCCACCGGGUGGUUCUCCUCUUCGUCUACUAAGUUCGAGGAAGCCGGCGAUCUCUUCCAGCAGGCUGCCAAUGCAUUCAAGAUAGACAAACUCUUCAAAGAAGCGGGGGAUGCCCACUCGAGGGAAGCGGAGUGUAGGGAGAAGUGCCAGGAGACGAAUGAAGCUGCCAAUGCCUGGUGGAAUGCCGCCAAGGCUUACAAGAGAGGUUACCCCGAUCUGGCGAUACAGGCGUUGACACACACGAUUACCCAUUUAACUCAAGGCGGUCGUUUCCGCCAGGCUGCGGAUAGAGAGAAGGAGAUUGGCCAGAUAUACCUACAGGAAGUCAACGACUUGCGGAAAGCAUGCGAGAGUUUUGAACGCGCUGGUGAAUGGUACGCGCAGGAGGAUGCUACAGCGACUGCAAACGCAUGCUACAAAGAUGCUGCAGACCUUCACGCCGAUCUGGACGAAUUCCCUCAAGCUAUAGCUCGUUAUGAACAAGUAGCGGACGGCUCGUUAAGCUCUGCUCUCACUAGAUAUAGCGUGAAAGAAUAUUGGCUGAGAUCAAGCCUGUGCGCACUCGCAAUGGCGGACACUGUUACGGCGAAGCGAAACCUCAUCAAAUAUACCUCCCUUGACACUACUUUCUCUUCCACACGCGAGGCGAAGUUCGUAAACAUUCUCAUCGAAGCCCUUGAAGCCGGGGACAACGAGGCCUUCACGGCGGCUGUUUUCGAGUACGAUCAAGUCACGAAAUUGGAUAAUUGGAAGACAAACAUAUUGCUGAAGAUUAAGAGGAGCAUUCAGGAGGAGCCUGGGCUGACCUGA